AAAUUUCCAUUCAAUCUCAUCGUUCCACCUUUCCCUUUCAUCCGCUUGGAGUGUCCGUGUGGUUCUUUACUUCUUGAACCCCCAGUCAGUCAUUGUACAGGAACAGUACUCCAAUUUUCACAAAGCUUAAAGUCAGCUCAACUCCAAGCUCCAAGAGAAGCUUUGAGCCAUAACUGGAGGUCCUCACCUCGCCUUCUUGCCCUAUUCACCAUGGCUACAAAACCAGCCCAACAGCCCCAUGUGCUUUGCGUACCCUUGCCAGCACAAGGCCACAUCAACCCUUUCAUGCAACUGGCCAAACUCCUCCACUCGAGAGGCUUCUUCAUCACCUUCGUCAACACUGAGUUCAACCACAGGCGGCUGCUGAGAUCCAAAGGAACCGAUGAAUGGGCGAAGGGCUCCAACGGUUUCCGGUUCGAGACGAUGUCGGAAGGGCUGCCGCCGUCCGAUCGGGACGCCACCCAGGAUCCUGUAGCGCUUUGCGAAGCAGUCAUGAACAAGUGUUUGGAUCCUUUUAGGCAGUUGUUAAGGAGGUUAUACUCGUCGGAGGAAGCUUCGCCGCCGGUUACGUGCAUAGUUGCGGAUGGAGUCAUGAACUUUGCCGUGAGAGCGGCUGAAGAAUUUGGCAUUCCGGGGGUUCACUUUUGGACUGCCUCAGCUUGUGGAUUAAUGGGAUAUAUUCAGUACUCUGAGCUUACCAAGAGAGGGAUUUUCCCCUUCAAAGAUGAAAAUUUCAUGAACGAUGGCACGCUUGAAACGCCUAUAGAUUGGGUCCCCGGCAUGCACAACAUCCGGCUUAGGGACUUCCCCUCCUUCGUCCGAACUACCGAUCCCGACGAUUUCAUGUUCUAUUUCUUGGGCGAGUCAGCGCAAAACUGCUUCAAAGGAUCCGCAAUCAUCUUCAACACCUUCGAUGCACUCGAACACCAAGUUUUACAAGCCAUUUCGUCUCAGUUUCCUCGGAUCUACACUGCAGGACCACUCUCCUUGCUGCAGAAACAACUCACUGAUGAUCAAACCCAAACCCGAAGCCAGGUCCACUCACUUCACUUAAGUCUAUGGAAGGAAGAUACAAGGUGUCUCCAAUGGCUGGAUCAAAGGGAGCCAAACUCGGUCGUGUACGUGAACUACGGGUGUGUGACUGUUAUGUCGGAAGAGCACUUGAAGGAAUUUGCAUGGGGGCUGGCCAACAGCAAGGUCCCGUUUCUGUGGAUCGUCCGACCGGACAUCGUAAUGGGCGAGUCUGCAAAAUUGCCGCCAGAUUUUGUUGAGGACAUUGAAGGUAGAGGGUUGCUGGCAAGCUGGUGCCCGCAGGAACAGGUGCUUUUGCACCCAUCGGUAGGCGUUUUCUUGACGCAUUGUGGAUGGAACUCGAUGACGGAGAGCGUAUGCGGCGGGGUGCCGAUGAUCUGCUGGCCUUACUUUGCGGAGCAGCAGACAAACUGCAGGUACGCGUGCAGCGAGUGGGGGAUUGCAGCGGAGGUUGAUCAGGACGUGAAUCGGCAUGAGGUUGAGAGGAUUGUCAGGGAAACGGUGCAAGGAGAGAGUGGGAGGAAGAUGAGGGAGAAGGCGGUGGAGUGGAAGAGGAAAGCCGAAGAGGCCACUGCUGUUGGGGGCUCAUCUUACUGUAACUUUGAUAGAUUCGUGGAUGAGGCUCUCCUUUCCUGCGUAACGGGGGUCACUCCGGCCCACUGAAUAUUGAUUUGUAUUAAUUAAAAUAUCAUACAAGGGUCGGCAUGUCCCAUGCUUAAUUAGUACAUGUUUGUGCUUGUAUUUCCCAUGUUAUAUUGCCAUGAUUAAUCCAUAAGUAAUCAUUAAUUAA